GCGCGCGGGUCUGCUGAUGAUGAAGGAAAAAUAAAAUGAACGACAAGGCAAGGCAACCGACCGACCGAACGAACAACCGACUGACGGGUCUGACUGUAGGACUGAAGCGAAUGGUAGAUUAGUAACAUUUUGUGCGCUGCAUGAUAUAGGUUGACUAUGCGGAGAGAUCGUACGAAGCGCUUAUUCAGUCUCCUAAACACACAGUACACAGCAUUUUUACGAGCGCUGUAGGGAAACGAGCACACGUAACAUCAAAACAGGCACCAGCGAACUAUCUCGUGUUCGCUGAGGCAGGAGAUUUGCUAGAAGAUUUUUCCUAAAUAGUUGAAUUAAAAAGUUAUCAACAGUGAAAAGUGACCAACAAUAAAGGCAGCUGGAGUUGUUUUCUAAAGUGUGAUAAGAGAUGUUCUGUGAAAUACCAUAGGAAAUCAUCAUAAAUUGCAGUGGAUUCAUACUCAUAGUGAAAACUACUUUAAAGUCGAAAUUCAACAACAAAAACGGUUUUAUGAUAAGGAAAUACGUUGAAAGGUCUUACCAAAUUGUUCGAUUGUUUCCGGCGAAUGUGAUGUUUUCAACAAUGAUUGCGGCAGUAUUUCACCAUUAAUCUCGACCGAUCAAUGAACAGAAAUUCGUAAUAAUGGGUCAACAAAAGGCAGUAAAUAGCAGCGGUUGCAACAAGCGCAAGUACGAGGAUACUAAUGCUGCACCGGAGCGCAGCGAGCAAGGCAGCAACGAUACGUUAAAUCAAUCUGUUACCGAUGGUGGUUGUCCGGAGAUGCUAUUGGAUGGAGCAAGUGCAAGUAAAAAUCCACGUUUGGAAGAAGCGGCGAUGAACGAAAGUACCGAAAACCCAUCAUCGACAAAAGUAGCGACCGGUCCGACCAGAUCUAUCACCAUUAGUAGUAACAGCAAUAACAGCAGUAGUAUAACGAUAAGGACCGUGGCAUCUGUCUUGGUCUCUGGAACACCCUCAACCGUUCAAAGCAACAGUCCUUUGAUUCUACCACCGGCAGCGCCGGCAGAAGAUAGUAUAGCAAAAUUGGAAGCGGUCGCCGUACCCGGAGAAACAAACUGGAACUGUGAUUCUAAUGUGGAUCCAAUCAGUAAGUUGCAAGCUGUUGCAGUCCCCGGUGAGGCAUGGGGCUCCGACAGCACACGCUCCACGCUAGCUACCACUCUACUAGUUUCCGAUGAUCUAGACGACGAUGACGAUGACUUUGAAGAUGAUUUUGACGACGACGAAACGAUACUGCCUAGCUACUCGCCUAUCCGUUACCCGUGUGCGACUGGUCGGGGAGGUUAUAUGCCAGCAUAUCCAAAGCCUGGAUAUUUCCCGGAGCCGUACCAGAAUUGUUCCCGAACCAACGCCGCAAAUAAUGGGGCACAGCAGUAUGCCAAUCGAGGAUACGGUUGGAGUCAGCAUGGCUAUUAUUCGCCACCGUACGAAGCACCAUCGUCGCAGCAAACAAUUCGGUGUGCUGAAAAUGGUAAAUCAUACUUCGAACUAGGCAGUGCUAACUAUAGCAACGUUAAUCAGUUUGGUGCUCAAGCAAGGCAUCUCAAGCGAUGCUGCGAUGGUCGCAAUAUGUCGUGCAAUAACAAACAGUGCUACAAGGAACGGCGCUUGAAGAUGAUGAACCUAUCCAUGUUCAAGCUAGCUCGUUUUCGCCAAGCAUCCGAUCAAUCCUUGUACCGUUCGGUAUUGAUUUGCAACACGCUGAAAUCAAUCGAGCGUGAGAUUGACCACGAGAACAAAGAAUUCAACCAUCAGCAGCACCUGCACCAACAUUCGCACCAUUACCAUGCACCUCCGCCGCAUCACUUACAUCAUCCGCACCAUCAGCAUCCGCCUCCAUCGCCUCAGACUCCAACACCGCCGAAUGAAUAUGUCAACGGACCUCUGUACAACAAUAGCCGAAUAGCUGCAAAUGACAAACAGCAGCAGCAGCAGCCAACUCCUAAGUUUAGUGAUACUAGCAAUAACGGCAGCAGUAACUACAGUAGACUUCAAGGCAGCAAUACAACGACCCAGUCGUCUUCAACCUAUGGCACUAGUACGAACUGUACCGCAGACCAACAGCAAUCGACGACAAUUACUACGCAAUUAUCGCCCUACGAUCAGCAGCAACCGCAACAACAGCACCAUCUGGGAUCCUUGGCAGCAGUGACAACAGCAUCUCCAACAACAGCACCCAGUUCCCAUCAUCAUCAUCAUCCACUGAAAGAUCCUCAAUCGGGCCGGGCGACACCUUUUCCGUCCAGUACUGGUUCACUGACUGGUAGCGGCUACCAUGACAACGAUUCCGGCUUUGGCGAUGAUGACUGUACCCGCCCAAUCAACUGGGGCUCGGUGCUAAGCUUGUCUUCGCAAUCGGCUCUCGAUCCACUGAACAACAACGACCUCUUUGUAACAUCCCCGAGCGUUGCGGUCAGUGUCGUUAACGAUAGCCAUCACGCCGUGAGUGCGACGGUACUAGCGAGUAACGAUAAUUGUGAUAGUAGCAAUAGUCUAGCAUUAAGUCAAUCCACUUCGUCAGCGUCCUGUCUAACCAACAGCGACUCUGGCCCCGUCAAUGUUAGUAGUGUUAACAAUAGUGAUAGCAGUAGCGAAAGCAAUCAUCACCACAAUUCGAUGGAUAGUACGAAUCCCGCCAGUUCAUCUACCACAAACGCAUCCAGUACGACAACCCUAACCUCCUUAACCACAUUGACCACUAGCAGCAAUUGUGAUCUGAACCUCACAACACUAACAACUUCUCCCUCUCCACUGCUUUCGUCGUGCGCAUCGGCACUUCAAUAUCACACCAGUACCACUGGCUCCAGCUGGGAUCUGGCAUAUUUGGACAUGGAUCUCGGCACUACGCACGAGCUGUACGAUAUGUUUCCCAACUGCUACAAAAUAACAUCGUUCAAUUCUGACGUCGACAUGCUUGGUCUUAAGUCGCCUAUGCUGGAACCAAGCAAAGUCGUCUGUGAUAAUGACAUGGACUCGUUCACGACUCACAUCAUGGUUGGGAGUUAGUAUUAAACCCCAGCGAGGGUUGACCAACUCUCAACCACCACCCAGUAGAGGUCGGUAGGCGCGCUCGCUCAAAACCUGAACCCACCUCCACAUGAAACGUUACUUACACCAUUAUCAUUAUUAUCGAAGUGUCAUGCAAAAGCAAAAGCCCGAGAGAGUGCAGAACGAGAGCUGACGCUAAAUCUCAGGUUAUAAAGGCUGUGUUACACUCAUUAGUUUUUAAGUUACGAUUCAAUCAAUUGGUACUCCAACGAUGACUUUUUGUUUCUACCAAAUCGUUUCGAGAUAAAAAAAAACUAUGAGUUAGCUUGCCUGCCAUUCUCCUUAAUUAGUUCUUCUGUAUUCAGAUCCUUUCUGCUCCACCCGGUCAUGUAUUGGAGGUAUCCCGUUCAAAGAAACAAAAACCAAGCGUACAAAACGGCAGAGCUUCUAAGCGCUACAAAAUCAACACAAACUGCUUCUGUCACUAUUGGUUCCUUAUUAGGAUUAAUCAACAAUGCAGAGUUAAACAAAUUAGUUUUAAUAAAGGUGACAUCGCAGCGAAUGCACAUGGGCAGAAAUAAGGAAUUGUACAAUAGUUUGCAUUACAUCUAACUAAAACAGUUGCGGCUGCAGGAAGUUCGCUAUUCUGUAUUUAAAAAAAAAAAACAUUUUUGAGAGUGGUUCUAAAGUUUGAUAAAACGCUAGAACCACUCGCAAAAAUCCGAAGUUUAACUACAAUAAACGUGGAAUUGACCACGAGUGCCAUAUGAGAA